AGAAGCGGAGUCUUGAUAAUCAGCGAACAUCUUUAAACAGCAAGAACACAUUUCUAAUACGUGAAUUUACCGAGAAGAACAUCUAAAGUCUUACGUUUUUUGUUUUGUAUAAGUCUGGGAAUUCCCGAAACCAGUAGUUUUCUCACUGAUAUUUUCCCAUCUUCAAGGAAUGCCAAGGGAACUAACACAAAACAAGAUCCAAAAGAUCUGGAUUCCAUCUAAGGAUGAUAAACCUUCAAUGCCCCGCGCAUCAGGUGGAGGCCCCCACCUGGCAAAUCCCCCAACGGUCAUAGUGAUGGUUGGGCUUCCUGCUAGGGGUAAAACCUAUAUAUCAAGGAAACUGACACGGUAUCUCAACUGGAUUGGUAUUCCCACAAAAGUCUUUAACGUUGGAGAGUAUCGCAGAGAAGCGGUGAAACACUACAGCUCCUUCGAUUUCUUCAAAUCGGACAAUGAGGAUGCCGUCAAAAUCAGAAAUCAGUGUGCCUUGGCUGCUCUGAGAGAUGUCAAGAUUUACCUCACUGAAGAAGAAGGUCAAGUGGCAGUUUUUGAUGCCACAAACACAACCAGAGAUCGUCGGGACAUGAUCCUGGAGUUUGGUGCUGAAAAUGACUUUAAGGUCUUCUUUAUUGAGUCUGUUUGUGAUGACCCAAAUGUAAUCGCCUGUAAUAUCUUGGAAGUUAAAGUGUCAUGCCCUGACUACCAAGGCUGCAACAAGACAGAUGCCAUGGAGGACUUCAAGAAAAGAAUUGAAUGCUACAAAGUACAGUAUCAGCCCCUUGACCCUGACCAAUAUGACAGAAAUUUGUCCUUUGUCAAAGUGAUUGACGUCGGUCGCAGAUUCCUGGUGAACCAGAUUCAGGACCAUAUCCAAAGUCGCAUUGUCUACUACCUGAUGAACAUCCAUGUGCAGCCGAGGUCUAUAUACUUGUGUCGCCAUGGCGAGAGCCAGCAUAACUUACAGGGCCUUCUGGGUGGAGAUUCUGGUCUUUCUACACGUGGACGAAAGUUUGCAGGAGCUCUUGCAAACUUCGUGGAGGAGCAAAACUUGAAGGACUUGAAAGUUUGGACCAGUCAGCUGCGUCGCAGUAUCCAAACUGCCGAGGCCCUCAAUGUGCCGUAUGAGCACUGGAAGGUCCUGAAUGAGAUUGAUGCUGGUGUGUGUGAGGAGAUGACCUAUGAAGAAGUCAGGGAGAGGUUUCCAGAAGAGUUUGCUCUAAGAGAUCAAGACAAGUACUACUACCGCUACCCUUCUGGAGAGUCAUAUCAGGACUUGGUUCAGCGUGUGGAACCUGUCAUCAUGGAAAUGGAGAGACAGGAGAACGUUCUGGUCAUCUGUCACCAGGCUGUGAUGCGCUGUCUUCUCGCCUACUUCCUGGACAAGAGUGCUGAUGAGAUGCCGUACCUGAAAUGUCCACUGCACACAGUACUGAAGCUGACCCCUGUGGCUUAUGGGUGCAAGGUGGAAUCGAUCUCUCUGAAUGUUGAGGCAGUGAACACACACAGAGACAGACCAGAGGAGAUAAAGAGAGGCCCAAGCACUCUGAUCAGAAGAAACAGCGUUACCCCUCUCACCAGCCCUGAACCCAAUAAGAAGCCUCGUAUUGAGGGUCUAGAUGAACCAAUCAUCAGAGAGCUGACGCCCACUCCGCUCACCCUAUGCUCAAAUUCACACACCACUCUCACCCUGUCCAAACAGCACUGGCUUAGUGAAGCUUGCCUACGCACUUUUUUACAUUACCUACAAGCGGUUUCAGUGCUGCUCUUUCAGAGAACCUGAAGAAAUACUCCAUGGAGAGCCAUGAUGCCCCUCAGCUCUGCCUGUGAGAUUAUUCGGCUGUAUUGCUUUAUUCAGCAUGGAAGCAUUUCCUGCAAGCUGCUUCCUCUUUCCUCAUGCAGAGGAGUCCAUCUAACAAAAAAACUAAAUAGGCACACUAAGUGCCACCUGGGCUUUUCUGUUCAUACUUCAUUUUUAAUGUACGUAUGGGCAGGGAUUAAACAUUCAGCUAAGUCAUUUUCACCCUCCCCUACAUUUUUGGUCACUAUUUCACUUUUUACAUAAGAGGAUACAGUCUAGAUCCUUUUAUUCUGGUCUAAGCCAGUUUUUAACACUGACUUGGUAAGGACAUGCCCCUGAACUUUAAAGGAUGAUGCUAAAAGACACCAAAAGAUCACCUGCUGUUAUUUGCGGGUUGAUUCAUGUAUAUUUUGCACUCUCUUUAAAAUACAUGCUGCAAACAAUUAGCACAUUAUAAUUGCACAUUUAGACAAUUUUGCAUAUAUAUAUAGUCUUAAUUUCUGCGGGCAGUAAUGAAUCGUACCAAUUUUGAAUGCUGCUGGCAGUUUUGAAGGCUGUUUAAAAGUUCUCGUGUUUUUCAUUUCAAUUGUAGAAUCAUUUGUGUUAUGGCUGUGGAUUGUGAAAGUGUUAUUUAUGAAAUUGUGUGUUUCGAAGACCUAAUGACUAGGUCAAUGUGCAAGGUUGUAAACACAGGGUGUUUUAUGCGUGUUUGGAUGGGACGAAUUGAAACAGUGUUUAUAUUUGUUGUUAUUUGAUGUUGUUUAUGGUGUGUUAGAGAUGAGCUGAAUUUUAUACAUUAUUCAUUUAUUAAAUCCCUAGAGUGCCUAGUGCUUGAGCAAUCAGGCCAGUGCUGCUUUUUUACAUUUUAAUAUAAACAUUUAACAUUUCAAUUUAAUUGUAGUUUUAUAAUUAUAAUGUAGAUUUUUUUUGUUAGCAUGUCUUGUGUGUUGUCUUGCUGCCUGAUCAAGAGAUUAUAGUAUUUGAUAUUGUAUGCAGAUGCGUUUACUGUAGAGAUACAUUUACUCUUGUAAACCAAAUGUUUACAGUUUGAAUUCUUAAGAGAUUUCCGGCAACGCAGAGAAAAGGAGUUGAACUUUAAUGCGGUAAAACAAAGGGUUUCUUUUAUUUAAUUUACCAGCUUUAACUGUUAACACUCGCUCUGCGUGACAUGAAAUGUAUGGGAUUAAGUAGACGUCAAGAUGUUAUUAUGCUUUGUAAAACAUGUUUAUUCAUCUAGAUGCAAUGUUGUACAUUAACCUUAAUUCAUUGGUUUGCAUCUGAUACUUGAACCAUAUUUUGUAAUACCUUUAUUGUUAAAAUAUUUAUUUAUUGGUACUAGACUGUGUAUCCCUUUGUGUUUCCAGCACAUUGUUCAUUGAGAUUGUAGAGCAUAUCAACAAGCCUAAUUGUCUCGUUCUGAAGAAAGUAAGCCAUUUCUAUUGCAUUUAUUGGAUCAAUAAA